GAACACUGCUGAGAGCAAAAUGAACUUUGGGAGACCGCCAACAGGGAGCGCAAACAUUGUCGUUGUUUGGAGGUACAAGUUGUAAGGCGUUGGGAGAGAGAGCGAAAGAAUGACUGAGGCGCUUGGUCUGUCAAGGGUCUGGAAAAUCGGCUGUAUGCAAGCGACACAGUCAAGUGGUUAUGGACGAUCAAGAAAGGAAGGAGCAGCAAACAAAGCUUGGCUUCUUGGCGCAUUUUUCUCCUUUACUUCUUCCUCAUUUGCGGCUCAUUCCCAUCACCCUUCUCCUUUAAUCACUUCCUGCAUUCGAGCUUUCCAGCCGCAACGACAUAGCGAGAGAAGCAAUACGACCAUGGGCUUUGUUGAAGAACUCAAGACCGGAAACUUUAGUCUCUAUGGGCAAUGGCAAGUGCUAAGCAGGCGGCCAGAGAGGAGCAUGGAAGGAGGAGUGCGAACCAAACACAGGGAACUGGAACACUCGUAUACUAAUGCGAUAAUUUCUCCUGUGUAGGAUGGCGCUAUUGUCUGGAGUGCGUAAGUUGUUGCCGUACAUACCCGGCACAUUGUGUUUUGCAAGAGGUUUGCACUGGCACUUUCUGAACGUGGUAACUAACCGCUAGGAGGUGUAUGUCGUUUGCUGUAGUUCUUAUUGUCCUCGGUGGGGUGACGUUCUUGUUCCACAUUGUGUACUCGAUUCUGGCGAUCGUGUUUGG